UAGGAAUCUGAAUCUGACUACCUUCCAGAUAUUGAUCAGAUCGAAAUUGAGUUAUUCAAAAUUAUUUGUGUAGCUCCCACGUGAUGAGCGAACCGAUAUCGAGCCGCGGGCUGCGCUUCAUAUACAAUGCGCUCCUGCUGACGACAUCCGGCCUGACGGCCACAAAGCUGAUGCCGCAGAAGCAUCCGUUCGCCCUUGCCGCCUGCGUGGUUGGCGGCCUGGCCGCUGUUUUUGGCCUGGUGCGCGCCUUCCUUGACGACGGCAGCAGUCGCGAAUUUCGCAUGCUGCGCAAUGUUACCCAGUGCAUGCUGGAGCUGAUGCCCCUGGCGUUGGUUAACAUGGAGCUGUAUGCGCAUUCGCUGGGCGUCGGCGCCGUUGCGCUGGCCCAUGGCAUCUUUGUGCUGCCGCUGCUGCUCGAUCUGAGGUGCUCCGUGUUUAAGAAUCGCAAGGAUUGCGAUCUCACCGAAACACUGCGAGAUCUUUUGGUAUUGGGCAACAUUGUAUCGCUCGGCUUUCUGGCCGUUAAGGAGCGCAAUUAUCUCUAUUUACGCAUGACCCUCACCAUGCUGGUGGUCAAAUAUUAUCCGGUGCUGAUGGACAGCGCCCAGGAGGAGACUGGCGAGGAUCUGAUUGUCUGCGGCAAUGCCUAUCUCCUGCAUCUGCUCGGCAAGGCGGUUGCCCAAUGGGCGCUUGACUAGAAACCCCCACCCCUCCGAGUACAUGCACCCCGCCUCCAAUGCGUACAACCCACAAGGAUUUAAGGUUUCGAACGUAAUUCCAAUUCCACGAAUUUGCUUGGCCCAGCACGCCAGCUCGAUUCACUUCUAUGGCUUGCCUGGUGUGUCAUGCAUCGGGCAUAUGCAUUAAUCGACCUACAGCUGUUCGUCCUGACGAACUGACAGACUGACAGGCUGAUGGACUGACUGACUGAUUGAUGAGCAAUGCCCAGCUCAAGCUUUAAGAGCUGUUUGCCCUGUUGUUUUAUUAGCGAAAGAGGAAUGCGGAAUUUCACGCGUAAGUGUGGAAAAUUUGUGAAAAUUUGUGAAAUUCGAAAAAUAAAUUAUAUUAAAUUUCUUAUCAUUUGUCCUUAAAUCCGCUUCAAACUUUGUUUCAA